CGCGCCUGGGCAAGGGCAGGUGGGAAGCCAGACCGGGCGAAGUUUAGCCCCUGGCGAGGCGGGCGCUGCGGCUGUGCCCGGCCCAGCUUCUUCUUCUCCUUCUUCUCGCCGCCCCAGCUUCGGAGACGAGGCUGCCAUGGCUGCGGAGGAUUCCGGCUUGCUUCCCUGGUCCAUCGACAGGGAUGACUACGAGCUGGAGGAGGUGAUCGGGAGUGGAGCAACAGCUGUGGUCCAAGCGGCCUAUUGUACCCCAAAGAAGGAAAAAGUGGCAAUUAAGCGGAUCAAUCUUGAGAAAUGCCAGACCAGCAUGGAUGAGCUCUUGAAAGAAAUUCAAGCAAUGAGUCAGUGCCACCAUCCAAAUAUUGUCUCUUACUAUACUUCUUUCGUGGUGAAAGAUGAACUUUGGUUAGUGAUGAAGCUCCUAAGUGGAGGUUCUGUUUUGGAUGUGAUCAAGCACAUUGUAGCCAAAGGAGAACAUAAGAAUGGAGUCCUGGAUGAGCCUGUAAUAGCCACAAUCCUCAAGGAAGUUUUGGAAGGACUGGAGUACCUGCAUAAAAAUGGGCAAAUCCACAGGGAUGUGAAAGCUGGCAAUAUCCUAUUGGGAGAAGAUGGGUCAGUCCAGAUUGCCGAUUUCGGCGUAAGUGCUUUUUUAGCUACCGGUGGGGACAUUACACGAAACAAAGUGAGGAAAACCUUUGUGGGCACCCCUUGCUGGAUGGCUCCCGAAGUGAUGGAGCAGGUUCGGGGGUAUGAUUUCAAAGCAGAUAUUUGGAGUUUUGGUAUUACUGCAAUCGAGCUGGCUACCGGAGCUGCUCCUUAUCACAAAUAUCCACCCAUGAAGGUCUUAAUGUUGACACUACAAAACGAUCCCCCCUCCCUGGAGACAGGGGUUCAAGACAAGGAUAUGCUUAAAAAAUACGGGAAGUCGUUCAGGAAAAUGAUUUCAUUGUGCCUGCAGAAAGACCCAGAAAAAAGACCUACAGCAGCUGAACUUCUAAGGCACAAAUUUUUCCAGAAAGCAAAGAAUAAAGAAUUUUUACAAGAAAAAAUGUUGCAGAGAGCCCCAACUAUCACUGAAAGAGCCAAGAAGGUCAGGAGAGUCCCUGGUUCCAGCGGACGACUUCAUAAGACUGAAGAUGGCGGCUGGGAAUGGAGCGAUGAUGAACUAGAUGAAGAAAGUGAAGAGGGCAAAGCGGCAAUUUCACAGCACAGGUCUCCCAGAGUGAAAGAAUCCUUACAGAACUCUGAGCUGUUUCCAUCAGCAGAGCCAGCCGGCCCUUUACUCAACCUCCAAGACCAACCUGCUGCUCAACUACCUCAGCCUGCGGGUCAAAUUCCUGCACAACCUCCUGUUGCUGCCUCCGGUCCAGCUUCUCAGACUCCAGCAGCAGCUCCUUCAGCAGCACAGGCACCUCCUGCACCUACAGCACAAGAAGAGCCCAAAAUUCCAAUAAGUCUCGUUCUACGAUUGAGGAAUUCAAAAAAGGAGCUGAAUGACAUCCGAUUUGAAUUCACACCUGGAAGAGACACUGCAGAUGGAGUAUCGCAAGAGCUCAUCUCGGCUGGACUUGUGGAUGGCAGAGAUUUAGUCAUAGUUGCUGCGAACUUGCAAAAAAUUGUGGAAGAGCCUCAGACGAACCGAUCGGUCACUUUCAAGCUGAUCUGCUCGUAGGUCAUUAGCAGAACUGCUCCAGAUGUGGACAUCUAUUGAAGAAAAGAUUUGAAAAUGAGAAAUGUUUAGACAGCAGUCAUGGGGUGGGAAGGGGUAGAGAUUGGGGGGGGGGAAGUACUGCUUGGGCUGUGUUACUGUGUCUGUGUGUGUCUAUGUGGGACCUCCCAAAACUUCCAUAUUUUCCUAUCCUUGCGCUUGGCAGCUUAUAAGCAAGCAAGCUACGGUAUAUUCUUGAAUGAACCUUGGAGGUCAUUUUCUCAAUUUAAAACCCUUUAGGAGGGGCAGAAGUCAAUCAUUCUUAGUCAGCUGUUUGGGAUAGACCUCAACUGGAUGAGGGAAGCGGCUCUCGGAGGCUCCACGAGACGAUGGUCUCCCCAAACUUCUGCUUCUGGUUGGCCAGAAAUUCUUUGGAGCCAGUGAUGUUAUUGUCACUACAGUGCACACAGCCCUAGUCCCAAUAUCCAUGCCCAGGUAUGAUCAUGUGGAAAGAGGAUCUCUUGCUGAAAUGGAGGGUGGCCCUGAAUUGGGGUACCCGAGAUGGCCGAUGAGCAGCGUGAGGAAAAAUGUAGCCGUCCAUUUUAUUUCAUCCCAUCUUCAGCUACAGAGACCAAAUAAUUCUGGUACAGUAUUAAAUCAUUUGGCCUGCAUGCUGUGCGUAACUUUGAAUCCACUAUAUCUUGAUGCAGUAUCUUAUCUAUUUAUUUAUUCAUUCCUUCAUUCCUGCCUCUAUCUAAUCCAGGUCUAGCAGACAAGAGUAUCCCUAAUGACUGUUCCCGUGUAUUAUUAUAAUAAUGAUUCUUUUAGUGAUCCAGAACUACUUUGCUACUAGAUUUUUAGACUGAUUGUCUCUUAAUAAUUAAUAGUAUUUCCUUUUUUUUUCUUCCCCCCACCCCUCUUUGGAUACUAGAAAUGCUAGACAACUAUUUUAUUCUUGAGGUUCAAAAGUGCCAAUGAUUUUUGUUGUUGUUGUUUGGUAGCUUAAAAAUUAAUUCUAACCUUUAUACCCUCAUGGAUCAGAGGGUUUUUAUUUUGGGUAAAUUCUGAACUUGAACCUAGAAAUCGGUUUGUAUUUUUUUAAACUUAGUUAAUAGCCUUGAGGAGGGUGGUGUAUUAAUAUAAAAGGAACCUCUACACAAUUUGGUGUAUUGUAGAUUUUAACGAAAGAUGUAAAAUAUUCAGCCUUUUUUUCUCUUUGACUUUGUAUUUUAUUGCAUGUCAUUUCUCUAAUUUUUAAUCAAUAAAAAAAACCUUGUCCAUUA